GUGUGUGUGUGUGUGUGUGUGUGUGUGUAGUGGGGUACCCCAUCUCUUGUCAUCCUUUGGAAUUCUGAUUCAGGAGAGCCAAGGGAAGUGAAGCCUGGGGUUGGGCAAAAGUCCCCCAAGAGCCCACCCAGCGUCCAGUUGAGAACCGCCAUUCCAGAAAGGGUCUUUGAAGACGUUCCACAGGUGUGUUUGCAGUGGGAAUCUCCUUUGCCAAGGGGACAGUUUGGAAAGGCAAACCCACUGAGCCAUGUAUCAUGGCAUAUGUAGAAUUUGUUCCUUUUAGCAGCCUCACUGGACCAUCUCUUCUUCUAGUUUGUUGGAAAUGAUCUGGUUUCCGUUGGCCAGGGUCCUGUGUUUCGGCCUGUGGCAUGGGGCCGCUUGGAAGGGAAGUCGAUAUGGUUGGCUUGGGAUUCCACGGUUGGUCUUCCCAGUGGCUUUCCUUGUGUUAUCUCAGAUCCCCUGUCAGUCAAGGGAGGGAGAGCCACAAGGUGACAGGUUCCAUUUUACUCCAAGAAGAGCAUUUUGGCGUUAAAGAGAACAGAAUAAGGGUACACCUCUUUCAUCCAACGUGGAGAAAUGAAGGGUUCUGUGGAAGUUAGUUUCCUGUCCAAACUUGAGAAAAGUUACCCUUUGAUGGUCACAGUCCUUAAAACAAUAACUUCUUUCCUAUGUUAAUUGAAAAGGAUGAGGCAUUAUUUAUUGUUUGAUUUCAAUCAUUAAUAUCUGAUCUGUUUUCAUGCUAUAUUGUAGUGUUCCCUCCCAGCGCACAAGGCCACGGAAGGCUGUCUGCCCCUGCAUAGGCAUACGGGCAGCACCCCCACUUUUGGAAAAAUGGUUUUCCGUUUUUCUCUCGGUCAUUCUGCCUACCGCCAUAUUUUGCCAUAUUCUGUCUGUGUGCUUGCUUCUAGAAACACUACUCCUUUAGCUUUCAUUUGUGGAUUCUUGGGGCAGGGAUGGUCUUAGCGUCUUGAGUGAAAGAGUUAGUUGGGUUGGAAUGAGGGUGCUAAGACUAUAAGGCUUCUGUUUGGUUUUCUUAGAAGCUGUUCUUGGCUGGCUUUCUGGCCCUGUCAGCCCCCACCGUGCAGGCACUGUUCUGGGUUCAUGAUGCGCUAACUUGGGUGUAGUCCCCAUGCCUGUCUGAGCCCCACAAGAGGUCAGGAGGCAGGUGGUCACUUGUGACUCUCACAGCUGGGACAGUCGGGCCUUUUGCUAGUGCAGCAGGGCCCAUGCCUUUUGCCUGUCACUUCCCUCGCCGCAAACACGACCAUUUCCAACACAGGGUGUUGGGAGGACCCAUUGGGAAUGAGACCUUUAAGCCACUUUGAGUUCCUUUUAUUUGUUAGGGAUCCACACUGCUUUCUUUUUUGAAUGGUUACAGGGAGGGAUAGGAGGGAACAAGUUCUAACUUCUCCCUGGCACUGGCCCCACCCCUCCCCCACCCCCCUUCAUCAGCCCCUUCCCGGAAGAACUUUCUCAGUUUGUCAUUUUAGAGAUGACUUGAAAGUUCUCGCCCUUUACAUGUCAGCGGAGACACCUGUGGACAUGAAGCCCCGGCUAGCCCCUGACCGGGAUCUGGGAGGGAACCUUGGCUGGUCGGCUGUUCUAGGUCACUGGGAUAGGGCGUGGGCUAGGGCCAGGAAAGGGCAAGCCCCUCGAAGCAUCACUUUCUCUUUGGGGCAUGCUAGGUACCCCUGGGUCCCGAGUGGUAGGACAUCAGGGCCAAAGGCAAGUGCCUGGAAGGCUUGGGGCCCCAGGACCUCAGUAUUGGGGCUGACCUUCUUGACAUCAGUGUUACGCACCUCGAGGCCUUCUCCCAGCCAGAUGGGCAGGUCAUCCCUGAGCCACCAGCGCAGCUCUACCCGUUGGGCAGGGUCAUGCCAACUUGGGGCAAAUACCUCAUCAGUGUGGGGUCCUCCUCUCUCUCUGGAGCUGUUUGUCCAGGGCCACUUAUCUCAUGCAGACCACAGCGGUGGCAAAGAGUUCUCUGGAAUAAGAACCCGUCCUCUGGAUGGUGGGUGGGGGUGGGGUUCCUCUGGGUCUCGGGCUGCCAGGCGCUGGGCGUCCCUGGGCCGUCCUGCUCCUGAAGGCUUGGCGCGCAUGGAGAGUGCGGGCUGUGCGAGCCACUUUCUGGCCGGCUGGCCCAGGGUGGGUGUGAUCUGCCCGGUGGCGGGCGGGUCACCCGGGAUUCCCAGGGCUGGGAUUAGACCCCUCUUCAGAGCGCUGCCAAUUGUGGGCCUCGCACAGAUGAGAGCAGGGAGCAGGCGAGAAAUAAAGUGUGUGGGGGAUGAAAAGCUGCACUGAACCGCUUUCAGCCCAUUGUUCUUCUGGGGAGGCUUAGCGGGGAUAAGAGGGUAGCAGGCCCCUUUGAAAUUUCCUUGAACAAGUGAAUAGGAACGCCCCAUAAAGCAUGAAGAGAGCCCUGGCUGUUUCUCCCUGUCACAAUGGGCGGCUCGGGCUGCCAGGGGCUGGGGAGUGGGGCUGGCCGCCCUGCUGGGGGGUGGGGAGGGGACCCGGCCGGGGAGGGGGAGAGGGGGUCACAGGCGGCCUUCAAUAGACUCCAGAAGGUUGGAGUUCAUUAGACACAAGCCCGGGAAGCAAUUGUCUCAUUUGCGACAGGACCAAUUAAGUCCCGGGGGCCUUUGCCAGAGGGCCCGAGUGGAAGCUGGGCAGGGCUGGCCUGCCCUCGGUUGUUCCAGGGAGCCCUGGGCUGGGGGCCCUGGAGGUACAGAGCUGCCGGGGGCUCCAGAGAAAUCCCUGCCUCCCCCCCCCCCCCCAAAGCCCACUGCUGACUUCUGUUUUCCUGCUAACGAAAAAGCCUGUUAAAGAUGGCUGGGGGUUUGGGCCUUCCUGGUAGGCCUCGGAGAAGGUGGUGUUAUGAGCCUGUUACUCUGAAACCACCGUUCUCAGAAGAAAUCGCUUUCUGGUUUUUUUGGUGUGUGUGCGGGGGCAGUUAGCUGCCAGUCUCCCCGAAGUCCUAAAGCCCCGUCCCUUGGGGUUCCAGGCACAGAGGCCCGGGGGCCCAUCCCGGAGCGCACCGGGCCUGGGAGGAUGCCACCGGGGCCAGGCGCCGCCCAAGUGGGGCUCCUGUAUCCAGGGCGCAGCCAGGAAGCGUGGAAGCGACGCCUGCGACACGGGCCAUCUCUGGGGUGUCUUUGUCUUUGUGCAGAGCUGCUCUUGGAGUUAGGAUUGGCCCGGCGUGGAGGCUGCUUCCGCUCCGGGUGUCACAGGACCAGCGCGAGAGCCCGGCGUGGCGGUUCCUGCCGAAGGGUGGAACGGGUUCUUUUCUUUAUUGACUUGUAUUUCCUUAUAUCUUAUUCAUGGGUUUACUCUGGGCACCAGGAAAGGCCCCCGAGUGAAGUUCAGAUCUGAUCUGAUCUUACAAAACCAGGCUUUUGAUGUCGGCUGCGAUCAGAGGCUGCCUUCUGAGUGGUUGCCAGAUGGGAGCGGGAGUGGACACGUGUGUGAGCGGGUCGCUUACCGCGAAGCCUCGGGAGGACGGUGCUCCGGUUAGGCUGGGCGCAGCGGAGUCCGCAGGCCAAGCUGAUGGGCUUGGCUUACGUGGCAGCGGAGUGGAGUCCACGCUUCAAGACCAGUGCUCCCCAGAAAUGGCUGGGCCCAGCAGUGGGCUCGUUAGCUAAAAUGCUUAUAAUUAGCGGAGGAUGGUGUAGGGACCAGAACUCCGGCACUUGGCAGCUCACCGUGCUGAGGGUCCAGGAGACGAUGGAUCGUGAAGGUCUAGAGCCUGAGUCCGAGGCCGAGCGGCCCUCUUCUGGAGUUCAUGGCUGUUGGGAAGAAGAUUCUUGGCUGGUUCGGGGAUAAAGCCCCGGUCCUUGAAGGCACCUGUUCAUAAGCCUCCCCGAGCCUCUCUAAGUCGCGCUCUCUCUUCUCAGCCUCGGUCACAGGUUUCCUGUCCUGAGUUUUGCUCCUUCAGCUGCCCUGGGGGCGGUGCUGAAAUCAUUUGCUCUUUUGCCUUCAGUUGGCCAGGCACCUGCUCCUCCCCGCCUCCCCCUUUCUAUAUGUACUUACCCCAGUUCUCUUCUUUCUUCUGCUUUGUACGGAAAAAGCAAGAGGUAUCAAAAGCCUUACCUUGGAUCCAUCUGGGUGGAAAGGGGAAGAGCAGAGGCUCUAGGGGACACUUGAGGACAGUCUUGGGGGGAGACGAGUGGGGACCUCCUCUCAGGCUCUUGAAGUCUUCCCCAUGUCAUAGGGAAGUCUGUGGGGUGCUUGACUCCUGUCCCCACCACAAAACUGUCAGGAAGAGGCUUGGAGCAGAGGCCAGCCACCCUUUGGAAGCCUGUAGAGGUGUUGCUGGUCAGGAGAGAGUCAUGGGCGAUAUUUGUGGGACAGCCCUGGCUUAAUAGAAGUGGUUUAGAUCCGUGGGAGACCCAACCUGGAGGACCCCCAUGGUCACCCUUACCCCUCAAGGAACAUUAGGCAGGAGACAAGGGGAUCCUCACUGUGCCUUGGAAACUACCUGGCAUGCCCCAUAGCCAGGGAGUACCAAGUGGUGGGGUACUGUGUUCCAGAAUGUUCCCCAAGUUUUCCGUUCACUCCUUUAGAGUGUCAUGUGACUUCGCGGGGCUUAGGAAACGAACCAUCAGGAAGCUUGGCUCCUCCAGGUGAGGUGGGGUGGGAGGGUAGGUGGCUGAGUUAAGGACCCUGUUCGGGAGUCUGGCUGUGGCUCAGAUUUGGGAUUCUGGGACUCAUUGCUACUGACUGACACCACAAGAGCUACAGAGGGUCUCUGACCGUCUGUAAAACUGGGUGAAUUCGGGAUGAAGUUGGAGUAUACGUACCUCACGGCAGGCCGCCUCACGUAGGACUCAGCCUCUUGGGUGGCAUCUGGUUCCUGGUCAAGCCAGGCAUGCUCGUGGUGCCCAGUUUUCUCCUGUCUUGUAGGUGAUCCCAAAGUGAAAACAUUGAGGUUUGGUAAAUAUAUACCCGGGGGUUCAGUAAGUUUCAGAACUUAGACCCUUUUAUCCCACCUGGCCUUCGAGGGCCUGGUCAAGUGCGUGGGGGGCUGUCUUGGACACGGAGUCUGCGCUAGUCGCCUGGUGCGCUGUCUCUGGCCCUCUUGCCCUUUCUCUGGGACAGGACUCAUUCCUGCUUUUUUAAUAUAUUUUUUAAAAGAUUUGUAGAGAGAGG